UGCAGUCACUAGGACGCUAUUGGUUGAAAUAGAUGCAGCAAGUGUCAGUGUUACAACUACAAAGACACAAGUAAUCAGAGUGAUUCAGUAAAAAAAAAAGAAGUAAUUUGAGUUCUUAUAUGUGGAGAAUGCAGGUGUUAAAUCUCCAGAUUUGUGCUUUAGGUUAAACUAUGUUCAAUGAGGUAAUAGUGAAGUGAGUCUGCUUCCUCUUCAGUAAAUGACUCUGGCAAACUAGCAAAACAGGUUUCAUAUGCUUGAAUAAGUUGUAGCACAAAAGUUUAAAUGUAGUCUAACUUACUGAUUUUAUAGAGGAAAAACUCUUCAUAUAAGUUUAGAGCUUUUGUCGAAUUAUUUCACUGAAACUGCCGGUAAAAAUCACAUCAGCAUUAAAUUGUCUCAUCUAUUUACAAGAAUAAGGAACAAGGAAGUCAGUUAAAGCUAGAUAAAGUUUGUGUCUAUUUUUGGUGUUUGACAAUAGGUGGAACAAAAGAAUGAGGAAGUGCAGGAAGUGAUCACAAAAGGAGAACAGAGUGUUACACAGUCGCACAGGUAGACUAAUGUAGCAGGCUUGGUAUGAACACCUAGGAGCAGCAGCACACAACAACAAAAGGUUGACCUUCAGAAGCUUAGACAUGUCUUUGGACUCAGAACCGAAUCUGAAUCAGUCUGGAACUCCAUGUGCUGCGGAUCCUGUUUUAGGCACGGCCACUCAGAGCCGCUCUGAGAACAUUCUAAAGUUUAUCUGCGACUUCAAACCUGGAGGUGGUCUGUCACUGAGCAGCGACGAGGCUUUAAGCGCCGAUGCGGAAUAUGAGUCGGUGUCCGUCGUUUUACCAGCUCAGUGCAGCAUUUACCAGCUGCGCCUCCACAUCUGUAUGCAGUUCCAAGAAAAAAACUGCCAUUCAGAUCCUUUUGCAAUACUUGACCCAGAGAGAUACUCUUUGCUAUAUGAAAGGGGAGGAGACUGGUAUGAGGCCUACGACGACUGUCAGGUGGUCAGAACGUUGGACAUUCCAUGGACACGUGAUGAAUCAGGGCAUUUGACAGCACACAUUGUGCUCAAACCUCCUUUGGCGGUGGAGUCCGAGGAGGGGAAGAAGCAGCAGCAGUGUCUGGCCUACCUGAUUGGUCACGACUUGGAGAAAGAGGCGUCCGAUAGACUGGGCGAGUUCACCUUCACCCGCAGGAAACUGGCCUCUCCAAGAAGACAAGAGUUGAGCAAUCGCGAUGCUAAGACGUACGCCACAGAACCAUGGAUUACGUUGGCACCAAUUCCUAAAGAACUGCAGGAGCAGCUGAACAGGAAGCUUCCUGUCUACCUCCACUACAUGAACAAGAUCAGCUUCAGCUUCGAGGUCGAUUUUAGCGCAAAGCCUGACAUUCUCUUCCAGUUCUUUGGAAAAGUCGCACUAGACCAGGGCCUUGAAGUGGAUUCUUCCGAUGAUCUUGUGUUAAAGGUCACAGGAAGGGAGGAGUUUAUAUCUGGAGAUCACUGUCUCAUCGAUUUCCUCUGGGUUCGUCACUGCUUGAAAACCAAUCUAGACUUCCACCUGUCUGUGGUGCACAUAUCACAGCUCGCUGAAGAUACGGUCAAGUUUGUGGACUGGCCACUGGUCGAUGGCUUUAGUGGAAAAUUUAGUUCCCAUGAGGAUCUCUGCUUGGAAGGGAAAGAUUUGGACGACAUCUUUAUGAUAUCUUUGUGGGACUGCAACAGAAAACUGCGACUCAAACUGCUGGGCUUCGACAUCCUAAAUCUGCCAAUAAAAUGCCCUCAGACCGUUUACGUGGAAGCUUCCAUACUUUACGGCAAAAAAGUUCUCUCAUCGGUGACCUCCACCCCCAAGGCCUUUGCCGAUGAAGUUUUAUGGAAUGAAUGGCUGGAGUUUGAUAUUCUUCUUAGGGACUUGCCUCGAGGGGCUAAGCUGGGUUUGACCAUCACAGCCUGUGGUCCUGAAGUGUCCCCCAUGACCAAAGACUCAGGGGAAGGAAAGGUUCUCUACUUCGUUAACCUUAUUCUUAUUGACCACAGAUCUGUUCUGAGCCAAGGCUCUCACACUCUGCACAUGUGGGCCUACCCCAGUCUAGAGGAAGAAGCUAUCACAUACCAAGCAGACAAACUCUCCUCUGCAACGAACCCAGAUGUGGCAAACUCCAUGGCCGUCAGUUUUUUCCUUGACCGCUACAGCUUUCCUGUGGUGCUGCCAAACAGCUUCAGUUCCUCCGAAAGUUCUGACCCAACCACCUCAAGCCUCUCUUCUUCUUUUGAUUCACCUUUGUCUCCCCCUUCAUUCAGUCCCACCCUGUCCAGCCCAGAUUCCCCUUCCUUACCUCUCCAGGGCUUGUCAGUUGGGAUGAGACCCAUCAGGUCCUCGUCUCCUCUUGCCAGCACUAAGACACCCUGCAUGAAAAGGUUCAGGGAGGAGAGCAUCCGCUACGCCUCCAAUCUGCCCCAGUACCUAAGCAAUGUGGACUGGAUGAAUCGCAGGGUGGUGGACGAUGUCCACUGGCUGCUGGGAAACUGGGAUCCUGCAGAGCUAGACAUUACAGUGGCCCUGGAACUGUUGAGCAUUGAUUUUGCCGAUGAGAUGGUCAGGAGACUCGCUGUCAAGAGACUAGAAAGCUUGUCCAAUGAUGAUGUGCUGAGAUAUUUGCUGCAGCUGGUGCAGACCCUGAAGGUGGAGCCUUACCAUGACAGCUUUCUUGCCCGGUUCCUCAUUCAGAGAGCUUUACGAAGCAAGAGAAUUGGUCACUUCUUCUUCUGGUAUGUCCGCAGCGAGGUGGCUGGCUGCCCUUAUUUCCGCCAGCGCAUGGCUGUGAUUCUGGAGGCCUACCUCCUGGGCUGUGGACAGGCCAUGCUCAACAGCUUCACCCAACAGGUCAAAGCUGUGGUGGCUCUAGAAGAGGUUGCUAUCAAAAUCAAAAAACUCUUCCCUGACAGGAAUGACUCUGCUCCUAUAGCCUCACUCAAGCUUCAGGAACUUCUGAGGAACUGUAGCCUGCCUGAUGAGUUCCUGCUACCAUUUGACCCUCGCGUCAAAGCAGGAAGAAUUCUGAUCGAUAAGUGCAAAGUGAUGGCGUCGAAAAAGAAGCCUCUGUGGUUGGAGUUCUCUCACAUGCCCUCGCCCAGCUCAACCACGUCUGUGGGAAUCAUUUUUAAAGAAGGAGACGACCUGAGACAAGACAUGCUGGUCAUUCAGACGUUGGUGGUGAUGGACUCAAUCUGGCAGGAAAAAUCCCUGGAUCUGAACCUCAUACCGUAUGGCUGCAUCUCCACUGGACACAACAUAGGUAUGAUUGAGAUCGUGAGAAACGCAGCGACUAUUGCUGCAGUGCAGAGAACCCACAGAGGAACAGCUGGGGCUUUUAGGAAUGAUGCCCUUUUUGAGUGGCUCAAGUCAAAGUGUCCACUCCAGGAAAUACACUACAAAACAGUGGAGCGGUUUGUGAAGUCCUGCGCUGGGUACUGCGUGGCCACGUAUGUCCUAGGUAUCGGAGAUCGACACAAUGACAACAUAAUGGUAACAGACCAAGGAAACCUCUUCCACAUUGACUUUGGUCACAUUCUGGGCAACAGGAAGCACUUCCUGGGCGUAAACAGAGAGCGCGUGCCCUUUGUCCUUACACCUGACUUCCUCUAUGUCAUGGGCAGGAUUAAAGGACGUAACAGUCUCUGUUUCAGUGGCUUCAGGGUAAGAGGUCACACUGUGUGUGUGUGUGUGUGUGUGAUAAGACUGAAAUGUGGCCGAGUCAAGAAAAAAUGUCAGCAGAAUCUCAACUAUUAUUCUCCUUAACAGUAGGUGGCGAUCAUACCCCAGUAAUACAAAACUACACCUGAGGUUUUUCAAGUCAAUUCAAUUUGAUUUGGAUAGCCCAAAUUCACAAAUCACAUUUGUCUCAAUGGACUUUAUAGUUCAAAAUAAACAUUGAAAUAGAAUUUUAUUGCUAAAUGAAAAUUGAACUUAUAUAAACUUAUUGCCCUAUGACUUCUCCUCCCAUCAGGACACCUGCACCCAGGCCUACCUCUCCCUACGCUCCCACUCCCGCCUGCUGGUCACUCUCUUCUCUCUCAUGUUGCUGACGGGCAUGUCUCAGCUGGGCGCUGCAGAGGAUAUUCGCUACCUGCAGGAGGCGCUGCAGGAAGAACAGAAUGAGGUGGAGGCCACUGAGCACUUCCUGCAGCAGAUCUCUGUGUGCGAGCAGAAGGGCUGGACGGUGCAGGCCAACUGGUGGUUUCACAUGGUAGCUGGCAUAAAAUGAGCGAGGGUUGAUUUUUUUUUUUUUUUUUUUUUGUACGAUUCAGUGUCAGGAGCCCAUUCUACACUAAUUACAGGAGUGUGUUUGUGUUGGACUAUUCUGCCUGUGGUUCAGAUACGUAGAAAAGAUACAGUUAGCAUCUUGAAACCCUGAAGUCCCCAACAUUUACUAAUGGAACUAAUUUCUCCUUAAAUUUGUUUAUGGUCAACCAAAACAAUAACCUAGACAGCACAUAACAUGCCAGUGUGAAAGGAACCAGUCAGGGUUGACCCCAUUGACCCCACAGGGACCAGUCUAAUGAAAACCACAAGGUCAGGUAAGGGCACUACCCCAACCGUUUUUACUUAUCAUUUCUUCUAUUGUGUAAUUUGUCAUUCUAAACCUUACUUAUUUUCUCUUCCCCUGAUUUUCUCUUCAUCUACUGUGAUUGUGAAAAUGGUGUAGCAAUUAUUGGUCUUUUUUUUUAAUUGCGUCACUAUGGUAAUAAUGGCUUUGGAUUUCCAUUAUAGUUUAGUUUUUUUUUGUUUUGACCAUUGUUUUUCUAAUUCAGUUUAUUAGUUAUUUGGCCGAGUUUGCUAGUUGUGGUUAGUUUGAAUCAGCUCACACAUCAAAGCAUGGAUAGAAUGAAGAGAAAAGGGUUCUCAACUGUUCAUUACUGCUUCCUGUGUGUGUCUAUACCUGAAUGUCCAGAUGUUGCCUCAGAGAUCAAGUGCAGACCUGCUGCAGACAUUUGAUAUACUGUUGGAUUAGCCAAUUAGCUCCUUGAAACAAUGUCUGCGUUGUAACGAUCAACACGUACUUUGCAAGAACCAAGGGAUUUACUACCUUACUGAAGGUGUCAACCUCCUGUUAGGAUCCUCUCACUUCAAAACUUAGCAUCAUGUUUGCUGUGGUUAGAACACCGUUUUUACGUUAAUGAAGAAGAUGGAAAGGGAAAUUGUUGCAGGUUUGUUACGAUACUCAAGGUGAGCAGCGAUAUUGACAUAGCAUUGUUGGAUACCACACUACAGUAAAGUUACACCCGACUGAUGUGUCAAAGGCUGAAAGAACUCCAAAACCAUGGCUGCCAAAAUAAAAUGACCAAACUUUUUUUGCAACCCUCACAGAGACUUCAAUUCUCUGCCUUAAUACAUAGAUCUAAUAUACCUUAUACCAGUGGUUCUCCUACUUUUUCUACUCUGUACCAGCUGAGAAAACUCUCUGAUCUCUCUGAGUACCACCGUGAUGACCAACAUUAGAAUACAGCAGCGUAGGCCUUCACUGUUA